UCCGUGCUUUCCGCCCAGCAGCUUGGCUCGGCAGCACAGGGGCGUGCGGCAUGUCGCGGCGGCGGCACAGCGACGAGAAUGAUGGGGGACAGCCUCACAAAAGGAGAAAGACCUCUGAUGCAAAUGAAACUGAAGAUCAUUUGGAAUCUUUAAUAUGCAAAGUAGGAGAAAAGAGUGCCUGCUCUUUGGAGAGCAACCUAGAAGGCUUGGCUGGCGUUUUGGAGGCUGACCUUCCUAACUACAAGAGCAAGAUCUUAAGGCUUCUUUGUACAGUUGCACGUCUGUUACCGGAGAAGUUGACAAUUUAUACAACGUUAGUCGGACUGCUGAAUGCCAGGAAUUACAACUUUGGUGGAGAAUUCGUAGAAGCCAUGAUUCGUCAACUUAAGGAAUCUUUGAAAGCAAAUAAUUAUAAUGAAGCUGUAUAUUUGGUUCGUUUUUUAUCUGAUCUUGUGAAUUGUCACGUCAUUGCAGCCCCGUCAAUGGUUGCUAUGUUUGAAAAUUUUGUAAGUGUCACUCAGGAAGAGGAUGUGCCUCAGGUGCGACGGGAUUGGUACGUGUAUGCGUUUUUGUCGUCUUUGCCCUGGGUUGGAAAGGAGUUGUAUGAGAAGAAGGAUGCGGAGAUGGACCGCAUCUUUGCCAACACUGAAAGCUAUCUCAAAAGACGUCAAAAGACUCAUGUGCCCAUGUUACAAGUAUGGACUGCUGAGAAGCCACACCCACAAGAAGAGUAUUUAGAUUGCCUGUGGGCCCAGAUUCAGAAAUUGAAAAAGGAUCGCUGGCAGGAGCGGCACAUCCUAAGACCUUAUCUUGCCUUUGACAGCAUCCUGUGUGAAGCUCUCCAGCACAAUUUGCCUCCUUUCACACCUCCUCCUCACACCGAGGACUCAGUGUACCCAAUGCCAAGGGUCAUCUUCAGAAUGUUUGAUUACACAGACGAUCCCGAGGGUCCUGUAAUGCCAGGGAGUCAUUCAGUGGAAAGAUUUGUAAUAGAAGAGAAUCUUCACUGCAUCAUUAAGUCCCACUGGAAGGAAAGAAAGACUUGUGCUGCACAGCUGGUGAGCUACCCAGGAAAGAACAAGAUCCCCUUGAACUACCACAUAGUUGAGGUGAUCUUCGCAGAGCUGUUCCAGCUUCCAGCCCCACCUCACAUCGAAGUGAUGUACACAACGCUGCUCAUCGAACUGUGCAAACUGCAGCCCGGCUCUCUACCCCAAGUUCUUGCGCAGGCGACAGAGAUGCUGUACAUGCGCUUGGACACGAUGAGCACCACGUGCGUGGACAGGUUUAUUAAUUGGUUUUCCCAUCAUCUAAGUAACUUCCAGUUCCGCUGGAGCUGGGAAGAUUGGUCAGAUUGUCUUACUCAAGAUCAUGAAAGUCCCAAACCAAAGUUCGUAAGAGAAGUUCUAGAAAAAUGUAUGCGGUUGUCUUACCAUCAGCGGAUAUUAGAUAUUGUUCCUCCUACCUUCUCAGCUCUGUGUCCUGCAAACCCCACCUGCAUUUACAAGUAUGGAGAUGAAAGUAGCAAUUCUCUUCCUGGACAUUCGGUCGCCCUCUGUUUAGCUGUUGCCUUUAAAAGCAAAGCAACCAACGAUGAGAUCUUCAGCAUUCUGAAAGACGUACCAAACCCUAACCAGGAUGACGAUGACGAUGAAGGGUUCAGUUUCAAUCCACUGAAAAUAGAGGUCUUUGUGCAGACUCUGCUACACUUGGCAGCCAAAUCGUUCAGCCACUCCUUCAGCGCUCUCGCAAAGUUUCACGAAGUCUUCAAAACCCUGGCUGAAAGCGAUGAAGGAAAGUUGCACGUUCUGAGAGUCAUGUUUGAGGUCUGGAGGAACCACCCACAGAUGAUUGCUGUACUAGUAGAUAAGAUGAUUCGUACUCAGAUUGUCGACUGUGCGGCAGUAGCAAAUUGGAUCUUCUCUUCAGAACUGUCUCGUGACUUUACCAGGUUGUUUGUUUGGGAAAUUUUGCACUCCACAAUUCGUAAGAUGAACAAACACGUUCUGAAGAUCCAGAAAGAGCUGGAAGAAGCUAAAGAAAAGCUCGCAAGGCAGCACAAACGGAGAAGCGACGACGACGACAGGAGCAGUGACAGGAAGGACGGGGCCCUGGAGGAGCAAAUAGAAAGACUGCAGGAGAAAGUGGAGUCGGCUCAGAGUGAGCAGAAGAACCUCUUCCUCGUCAUAUUUCAGCGGUUUAUCAUGAUCUUGACCGAGCACUUAGUACGAUGUGAGACUGACGGGACCAGCGUGUUAACUCCGUGGUAUAAGAACUGUAUAGAGAGGCUUCAGCAGAUCUUCCUACAGCACCACCAAACCAUCCAGCAGUACAUGGUGACCCUGGAGAACCUGCUCUUCACCGCCGAACUAGACCCUCACAUCCUGGCCGUGUUCCAGCAGUUCUGUGCCCUGCAGGCCUAAGGGUGACUUUUCUCAUGUCAAGACUUUUUAGAAAUUUUAUUUGUUUUAUUUUUGAUGGCUUGAAUGCUUGCUUUCUUGUAGCGUCCUUUUACUCACUAAAGGAAACAGAAAGAGGACAACAGUGAAGAAUGUGGCAUUGAUUAUCUGUAAUUGCUCCUAAAAGGCAAAUACUCCUAAUGACAAUGUGACGAUAACCCUAGGGUGUAUUACAUACAUGACAUACAACUUUUCUGACUUUUCCCUCCUUAAGGCACAAAAGAUAACUGGUUUGAGGUAUGUGAACACUAGCGGUCAAGCUAACAGAGUAGUGUACUGAACCGAUGGGUUUAUUACCAAGUAGCAUAGCUUUUCACAGGUCGUGGAUAACCCAACGUGGCUAAAAUAAAACUAAAAAUAUGUUUUUUAAACUUCGGUCUUUCAUGUUUUAUCAUCUCAGUUUACUUUAAAGCUCGUAAUUUCUUACUGAAGGUAUGUGUCAUUUGAAAUUUUCCUUUCAAAAUAAGUAAGCAUUCUAAGAUACUGGUGGUUAUAAAAAAAAUAGAGUAGCAGUUCCCAAGAUUGUCUGAACACUUGGGGGAAAAAACACUUUAAAGAAUCACAGGCGAUUUAUGUUAUUUUUUGAAAUUAAACCACAGUCUCAGGGGGUAGAACACACAUCAUCUGUCUGGUCCUUCAAGCCCCCCAGGUGAGUCCAGUGUGCAGGCGGGUUUGGGAACCGUCACCGCAGAGGCCCUGCCCACUUCCUCCAGUUUAAGGACCAGCCUGGCUGAAACUGGACUUGGAGUUAAAUGUAGGUUUGGAUUUUGUUUCUGUGGAACCUGGUCCAAGUAAUACUAAUUCUCAAGCUUGUUCCCCAUGCAGUGUGGAGGCUUAACUAAGAUAACAAAUGAGAACACACUGUAAAAUGACAUGCAAGUUUACAGAUUAUCUGACGUUUUAAAUUUCUAGCACUUUAGACUUUUUUGUUAAAUCUUAGAAAAAUUUUACCAAUAAAAUGCCACAACUGGUAGUAUUUUUGAGUAUUUGUACAACAUAGAUAUCGUUUUUGUUCUUGUUAUGUCAUAAGCAUUUUCCUUAUUAAUAUUGGAUCUCUUUGGCUUACCAUACAUUUGCUGGCCCUAGAAUAUAUUCUACUCAACAGAUGGGAAUUCCUAAGAUUUUAAAUAUCACACUAUUUAAAACAAGUGCUAGGUUAUUCACAAGAUGACAGUUGCAUGGUAGAUCACUAGCAGCACCAGGUUCUUGGCUUAAAAUAUUCUUUUAUUUAUACGGUUCUUCCUCGCAUUGCAAACUUUGGCUAAUUAUACUUACUUGAUCCAAAUUCUAGAGGAAUUUCUAGGUUUUCACAUCCUUUCUCUUGGAUCCUCUCUUCAUAUGUAAUGGUUACUUCUAACAGCUGUUCACUGAUACGACCCUACUCCAUCCCAGUCUGGCAGCUAAGUACACGAAAAAACCUGAACUAGAGACUGAAUUGCAAAGAAAUAUGAGUGCAAGAGCAAACAUUCAGCAACUGAUUUCCCCACUAAUGAAGCAACGAGCGCACACACAAAUGGCACGUCACUGUACAUGACCGUGGUGGGGCGGGGAUUGAUCUAUUAAACUGUACCGAUGA